AUUGACUUUGUGGCACUCAGCCCUAGGCCUCUUUCGUUUCGUCUCCACACGCCUCCAACGUCAGAUUCGUUAUUCAUCAGCGCCUCCAUGAUCGCUCCCAAUUGAAUCAAUCAAAACCCCUUCUCCCGUAAAUCAUUAUCCUUAUCCUCUGUCAGUAUCUGAAUCUGCAUCUGGAAGCGUGAUUACAUACAUCAUGUAUAUAACUGCUUCAUCUUCCGCUACUUCCUCGAUCCUUCGAGCUGCUUCUUCUCGCUCUUCUUCUCUCUUCUCCUUCCGAUCGUUAUUGUCCCCCUCCGUCGCAUCUCAUUCGUCUCUUCUCACUCGAAGAUCUUUUGGUACCAUUUCACCUGCUUUUCGCUCACUUCCUCGCUGGAGCCAUUGCUUUCACUCAAAACCGUCUCCGUUUAGCCUUACCUCUCAGAUCAGAGCCGUUUCUCCUGUCUUAGACCGUCUCCAGAGAACCUUCUCUUCCAUGGCGUCUGAGCAUCCGUAUAAGGGGAUCUUCACUACUCUUCCUAAGCCUAGUGGUGGUGAAUUCGGAAAGUUCUACAGCUUGCCUGCUCUGAAUGAUCCACGGAUUGAUAAACUGCCAUACUCUAUCAGGAUUCUUCUUGAAUCUGCGAUUCGUAAUUGUGAUAACUUCCAAGUAACCAAGGAAGAUGUUGAGAAGAUUAUUGACUGGGAAAAAACAUCUCCUAAACAAGUCGAGAUCCCGUUUAAACCGGCUCGUGUUCUUCUACAGGACUUUACUGGAGUCCCAGCUGUUGUUGACCUUGCUUGUAUGCGUGAUGCGAUGAACAAGCUGGGCAGUGAUUCCAACAAAAUUAAUCCCUUGGUUCCGGUGGAUCUUGUAAUUGACCACUCAGUUCAAGUUGAUGUUGCUCGGUCUGAAAACGCAGUGCAAGCAAACAUGGAGCUUGAGUUCCAGAGGAACAAGGAAAGGUUUGCUUUCCUUAAAUGGGGUUCUACUGCGUUCCAGAACAUGCUUGUUGUGCCUCCUGGUUCUGGUAUUGUGCAUCAGGUCAAUUUGGAAUAUCUUGGAAGAGUUGUGUUCAAUACCAAAGGCCUUCUAUACCCAGACAGCGUGGUUGGAACUGAUUCACAUACCACUAUGAUUGAUGGUUUGGGAGUUGCUGGAUGGGGAGUUGGAGGUAUUGAAGCUGAGGCAACAAUGCUUGGCCAGCCCAUGAGUAUGGUAUUGCCUGGUGUUGUUGGAUUCAAACUGUCCGGAAAAAUGCGCAAUGGUGUAACAGCUACUGAUUUGGUUCUAACAGUGACUCAAAUGCUGAGGAAGCAUGGUGUUGUUGGAAAGUUUGUUGAAUUCUAUGGUGAUGGUAUGAGUGGGCUCUCCCUAGCUGACAGGGCCACAAUUGCCAAUAUGUCUCCCGAGUAUGGUGCAACCAUGGGUUUCUUCCCUGUGGAUCAUGUUACUCUACAGUAUCUCAAAUUGACUGGAAGAAGUGAUGAGACGGUCAUGCUUGGUGCUGGUCUUGUUGCAAAAAAGGCUUCUGACCUCGGCCUACAGGUUAAGCCUUGGAUAAAGACAAGUCUUGCUCCAGGCUCAGGAGUUGUUACAAAAUACUUGUUAAAGAGUGGACUGCAAGAAUAUCUGAAUCAUCAGGGUUUCCAUAUUGUCGGCUACGGUUGCACUACCUGCAUUGGGAAUUCUGGAGAAAUUAAUGAAUCAGUGGGAGCUGCUAUUACUGAAAAUGAUAUUGUGGCGGCUGCUGUGCUGUCUGGGAACAGGAACUUUGAGGGGCGUGUUCAUCCACUAACAAGAGCCAACUACCUUGCAUCUCCUCCUUUGGUGGUUGCCUACGCUCUUGCUGGCACGGUUAACAUUGACUUUGAAACGGAGCCUAUUGGCACUGGAAAGAACGGCAAGGAUGUCUUCCUAAGGGAUAUCUGGCCAACCACUGAGGAAAUUGCUGAGGUUGUUCAAUCCAGUGUUUUGCCUGACAUGUUCCGAGCAACAUAUGAGUCAAUCACCAAGGGUAACCCCAUGUGGAAUAAGCUGUCUGUUCCUGAAGAUUCCCUCUACUCAUGGGAUCCCAACUCAACUUACAUUCACGAGCCUCCAUACUUUAAGGACAUGACCAUGGAUCCUCCGGGGCCACACAAUGUGAAGGAUGCUUACUGUUUGCUCAACUUUGGAGACAGUAUCACUACCGAUCACAUCUCUCCAGCUGGGAACAUCCAAAAGGACAGUCCCGCUGCUAAGUUUCUCCUCGAGCGUGGUGUUGACCGUAAGGACUUCAACUCAUAUGGAAGUCGCCGAGGGAAUGAUGAGAUAAUGGCCAGAGGGACUUUCGCUAAUAUCCGUAUCGUUAACAAGCUCAUGAAUGGUGAAGUUGGCCCCAAGACAGUUCACAUUCCAUCUGGAGAGAAGCUCUCAGUCUUCGACGCAGCCAUGAAAUACAAGUCAGCUGGUGAAGACACAAUUAUUCUCGCUGGAGCUGAGUAUGGAAGUGGUAGCUCACGUGAUUGGGCUGCCAAGGGACCCAUGCUACAGGGUGUGAAAGCAGUGAUUGCAAAGAGUUUUGAGAGAAUUCACCGAAGCAACUUGGUGGGAAUGGGAAUCAUUCCGUUGUGCUUUAAGUCUGGGGAAGAUGCCGAUACUCUUGGAUUGACUGGUCACGAGCGCUACACAAUCCAUCUCCCAACCGACAUCUCAGAAAUUAAACCUGGCCAAGAUGUUACUGUCACUACUGACAACGGAAAAUCUUUCACUUGCACAGUCCGCUUCGACACUGAGGUGGAAUUGGCUUACUUUAACCAUGGAGGCAUACUUCCAUACGUCAUCAGAAACUUGAGCAAGCAAUAGUGAAGGAAACGACUCAAUUUAUGGAAAGCAUAAAUAAAAGAGAUUUUUUUUCUCUGUUGUCAUUUUAAAAGGCAGAUAAUUCUGUCUAAGAGGGGUUAGGUGAAAAGGUGAGAGGAUCUCAAGCAAUAUGAUAUUUCUUUUGUACGGUUUCAGUGGUUUACUACAUGUUUGGGCUCUCCUAUGUUUAGCAACUUGCAUCCGCUGAAUAUUAUUUGUUUUGGAAAGGAAUAAAAAGCGGAUCUCUUUAAAUCUUCGAA